AUGGCGGAUCCUCUGCAUAUAACCUUCCUCUCAGUGCUGUCAGUGGAAUGUCUCCUGGGGACUUCUCUAAAUGCGUUUAUCGUGCUAACACACUGCUUGGAAUGGAGGCAAACCAGGCGCUUGCCAGGCAGUGACAAGAUUGAGACCUGUCUGUGCGUCUGCAGAUUUUUCCUGCAGUGCGCUAUCACAUUGAACAACUUCUGCCGCUCAUUUUCUCUGGACAUAAAUUCCCCGUCAUAUUUUAUAGAGCUUUUCCUGGUUGUGAGAAUGUUCUUGAGUUUCACCAGCCUAUGGAGCGCCACUCUCCUCUCUGUGUUCUACUGCGUGAAAAUCACAAAUUAUAACUUUGGCAUCUUUGUCUUUUUGAAGCCCAGGAUCUCCAGAAUGGUUCCGUGGUUGGUUCUGUCUUGCUUACUAGUCUCUCUGGCUUCAAGCCUCCCAUUCGCCGAGAGUUUUUAUACCUUAUACUUCAGAAACUCAACUGCCCAAAACUCUACUGAGAAUACUGACGCGGAUAAAAUCCAGUCCAACAUGUCCCUUGCCUAUGCGGUUGGUUCCUCAGUGCCUUUCGCUAUAUUUAUCAUCGCAGUCUUGCUGUUAAUCCACUCUCUCUGGAGCCAUAUCAAGCAAAUGAGAAGCGGCGCGGACAGCUUUCGAAGCCCAAACCUGAACGCUCUCUUGGGUGUUGUAAAAAGUCUGAUGGUCUUCUUCUGUCUCUGCAUUAUUUAUUUUGUGUGCAUGAAUCUUAUCUCAUCUGGAUUGCUGCCCGUUGGGAGCCCUUGGAUUGCUUUUGUAUCCAUUUUAAAUUCGUCAUACCCCUUUCUGCACUCAGCGGUACUGAUCUAUACCAACAGCAAGCUAAAACUGGCAUUUCUACAUUUACUGUCUGUGAUCGCGCCCAAGAGAUUGUGGAAACGUUUUCUAGGGAAAUCAUUUACAGAGCAAUGA